AUGGAUUUUCCUAUAGGGAUGGAGGAUCCAUGUGGCUACGAACAGCAGUGGGGGUUAAGCAAUGAAUACUAUAACUCCGACCAUGGGGGAUUAUACUACGACCCAAACUGCUCUGAAUUUUCCUAUGAUGCACAAGAUUACUGCUCUGAUAACUCGUCUGAAUUAUGUGCAGGUAUGGAAGAUCAACCCCGCUCUACUUGGGAGAAUCUACUGGAAAUCUGCAUCGCAGAAGUUUUCGAACAUAGAAAUGUGACGAACCAACGGUUGGAAAAUCUAGAAAGAAACACAAGCACCUUGGAAAGAGGGUUGGCAACCCUAGUUGCUCAAGUUGAGAUGCUGGAAAUUAAUCUUGGGAUCAUAGCCACAACCAUAGGAAGCAGGCACACCCCAGGUACCCUUCCUAGCCUGCCAGAGAUUAAUCCGAGAGGAGGAUGCCACGUCGUACAGCUGCGCAGCGGAACUACAUAUCAGCCGCCAGAGGCAGGAGAUCUAGGAAUGAGAAGAAGGGAAGCAGAGAAGCCGCCUGGGAAUGCAUCUGACGAAGCAGUGCGGCUAUCCGCCGCACCCCAACACGGCGGUCCGCCAUCUAUACCUCAGCAGGUCGAGGAGAACUUAGGCUUGGCCACUGGCGGAAGCCCGGCGACCGCCACACCUCAUCGCGGUGGCCCGCCGGCUGGACAGCAGAAACUUGAUAUUGAAAGCAUCCGUCCCACCUCAAUCACGCUGCAAAUGGCAGAUCGGAGCACAACAACACCAAUGAGGAUAGUAGAAGAUGUCUUGGAGGACAAAAAGGUUCCCUUGAUACUUGGAAGACCGUUUUUAGCUACUGGGGGAGCCAUGAUAGAUGUACAAAAGGGAGAGCUUACAUUAAAGCUACAUGAUGAGAGCAUUACAUUCAACAUCUACGACACCCUGAAAUUUCAUGGAAAAGAAGGGGCAGAAGACUACCAAGAAUGCAGUGUCAUCCAAGUCGUCACCGAUUGUGUUGGAGAAGUGGAAGUCACUUAUCUCCAAAACCAGGUCCCUCUUGAAACUUGUCUCAAAAAUUCUUUUACUCCUAACACUGAUUUAUCUUCUUGUGAUGCUAACAUAUGUGCCAUCAUUGCAGAAUUGGAAGUGCUACCAGAAAGAAUUCCCCAAAUGGGGAAUGCAUUUUUGCCAUUACGCACUCCCGAAGAAGAGGCAGAAAAGAGAAGAACAGUGGGAAAGCCCCGGGAACCGCCCAAAGUAGAGCUUAAACCUCUUCCCGACCAUCUCAGGUACGCUUUCCUAGGGCUGGAAAACACUUACCCUGUUGUUGUAUCCGCUGCAAUAAGUGAGCAAGAGUGUGAGAAGCUUUUAUGCAUUUUGAACAAGUAUAGGUCUGCCAUAGGAUGGUCUAUUAGUGAUCUAAAAGGAAUUAGCCCUACCACAUGCAUGCAUAGAAUUUUACUUGAGGAAGGGUAUAAACCUCGUGUGCAAAACCAACGUAGACUUAACCCUAUUAUGCAAGAUGUAGUAAGAAAAGAGGUGAUAAAGUUACUAGACGUAGGGAUUAUUUAUGCAAUAUCUGAUAGUGAGUGGAGAUCUAUGAUGGCCAUAUUUCAUGAUUUGAUUGAAAAGGUGAUGAAAGUUUUUAUGGAUGAUUUUUCUGUGUUUGGUAAAUCUUAUGAUCAUUGUCUUGACAAUCUAGCUAAGGUUUUGCAGAGAUGUGUAGAAACUAACCUUGUUCUUAAUUGGGAGAAAUGUCAUUUUAUGGUGAAAGAAGGUAUAGUUCUAGGGCAUAAAGUGUCUUCUGCAGGGAUAGAGAUAGACAGGGCAAAGAUUGCAGCCAUCGAGAAACUCCCACCGCCAUCCAAUGAAAAGGGAGUAAGAAGUUUUCUAGGACAUGCAGGCUUCUACCGAAGAUUCAUCAAGGAUUUUUCUAAGAUCUCUAAACCUCUUUGUAAAUUGCUUGAGAAGGAUGUGAAAUUUAAUUUUACUUCCGAUUGUUUGCAGGCUUUUGAGACUUUGAAGAAAGCUCUAGUCAGCGCUCCUAUCCUCAUCACGCCAGAUUGGAGUCAACCAUUUGAGAUCAUGUGCGACGCAAGUGAUAUUGCAGUCGGCUCAGCUUUAGGGCAGAAGAGGGGAAAGAUUUUUAGAGUCAUAGAUUAUGCUACUAUUAGGCAUUUGUUUGCAAAGAAGGAUGCAAAACCAAGACUUAUCCGAUGGAUCUUGCUACUCCAGGAGUUUGACGUGGAAAUCAAAGACAGAAAAGGGUGCGAGAAUGUGGUAGCAGACCACUUGUCAAGGUUGGAACACCCGGUGGAGGGAGAAGACUUGUCUCAAGAAAUCAACGAGGACUUCCCAGAUGAGCACCUGUUCUUCAAUCAAGCCACUUUUCCUUGGUACGCUGAUAUUGUCAAUUAUUUGGCGGCAAAGGUGCAUCCUCCCGAUCUUACUCCUUAUUAG